AUGGAGGCGGAGGCGCAGCUGGCGCGGGCGCUGGCGGCGCUCACAGAGCGCGAAUUCCUACUAUCUCGUGGUAAAGAGACACGCCUAGAUGCUUAUUUGCAGCUUGAGGAGUUACUGCGUCUGGAAGACUCGGACGCCUCCGUUAUGGAGCUACAACGUCAUGUGCCAUCACUGCUGAGCGAGAUGCGCUACGACCUGCGGCACAACGCGCUAAGCGACGUGUUGCACUCCGCGCUGCGCUGUCUGUCAUACCUGAUGCAUCACUACAGUCUGGCCGCUGCCUUCUCAGACGAGCACAUGAGUUUCUUCCUCGGUGAACUUGUGCGUAUGCUGUUCUCCACGCAGGACCAGAGCACAUACAAGUUAUGUCUCUGGGGUCUCACAAUGCAAAAUUUCCCAGCCGAUAGACACAAACUACUGUCGCGUACGGUGGAAGGAUUGGUACAAGCUGUGGUGAACCCGUUUAAGUCACGAGCAAUUGAAUUGCAAGCGCUCAAAGGGCUGCACCUAUUACUGGUCAAAUAUCCAGAGCAGUUGAGUGUUAAUGGGGCAGUGUUAAGUAUCUACGUAAGACCAAUUGCAAGUCGACUAGCGAGCAGCGAGGCGGCCACGAGGACACAGGCACGACUGGUGCUGGAAGAAGCGAGUAAACACUUAACAAAGUGGUCGCAGGAGACGCUGAUGAUGGUGCAGCACUGCGGAGAGAAAUAUUUAUUACCGAUAAUGAAGUCACACAUGGAAAACGACAGAAAGAAAGACGCCAUUAAUCUGUGGAAACUGACGCUAGUGCUGCUAAAGUCGAAGUUUUCGAGUGAUCUAGGGAAACUGAACGAGGUACUGUACAUUCCGGAGAAGUGCAUGGAAGACGAAGACGCAGCGGUUCGGUUGAUGACUAUGCAAGCGUGGAGGGAGGUAGUGGAGAUAUUUCACGCGUGCCACAAUUGGCUGUUUAACAAGGCUGUGGUGAGUUUGUUGGUAUGGCCAAUCAAGUUGUGUUUGGAGCAGGAACUGCUGCUCAACGUCGUCGAUGCGGCAUUCGAGUCGUGGCGAACGAUCGUGAUCGUAGCAGUAAAUGAUUUUAACGCGUAUAUCCGACAACAGGCCGUUGAAGCAGGAGAUCAGCAAAGUGUGCCCGAGUGGAAGUUCUGGUAUGGAGAACUAGUAAUGUCCCCAUUGCUUACGCUGAUGGAGAAGCGACCAAAAGCCAAGGAUAAAGCAUCCACGGUCGAGUUGGACCAGUUUAUUAAGUUUACGGAGCAAUUAUGGGAACCGAAGCAACGUGAACCAAAUAAAAGCAAGAGCAGUCCAUCUCGAAGUGAAAACAGCAGCAGUACCACAAUGGGAGGAUCUUCUGUUGAUGCGAAUACGACCUCAAAGGAUGCAGAGCUUAGGUCUGUGGAAGAUCAGGGCUAUGGUAGCCACAUAACGUUCGAGUUGAUUGGUGUUGCUUUUCUACUAGAAGACAUUUUCGGUGCUGUUCAGAAUUUAAUCAAGAUAUCCGACGGAAGCUGCGGUGUGGAGAGCAAAAGGCGAGCGAAUGACCUUGUGAUGGCUACUUGGAAAGGGGUUUGCCGCCGGAUUAACUUAGGUAGCAAGAGUGCUGGAUCCUCGUCCAACUUUAAUAUGCGUCUUGUGCGGAUGUGUAUCGAUUUUUCGUUUGGAAUUCUGACUUCGAGUUCCGCCGAAACACUCGAUGUGAGCGCACCAACCAGCCAUGCUAAGCACAACGUUGAAAUCAAACCUCCUAGGGUUGUUGUUGCAUCCGUGGGUUUUGGAUUAGAGUGGCAAUUGCAAUUACUAGCUCCUCUUGUGUCCGGCGUCGCGACUCCAGGAGAUUUGCAAUCAGUGAUGCUCCACCCAAAAAGUAAACUAUUUGACCAUAUCACCCGACGCAUGGAGUAUCUUAAAGACAUGUACAUUCAGUGCGCUACAGUGUUGAAGAAAUGGAAAGACUGUGAAAUUAACGAGCUGAACGUCGAUUUUACGGCUAAGGACAACGUGGUACCAUAUCUCGUGGUUAAUUUACUGUUCGAGUACGCAGUUUUUGUGGAUGACGCGAAUAAUGACCGUGGGGAUGCUAAACAAUUUACUCUGACGUGUCUGGAAACUGUGGUGAAUCAUCUUUUGGAGAGUGUACAAGCCGGCGCUCCGCAACUUGAUCGUGGAUUGUACUCCAUAAUUCGCUUUGGUGAGGAAUCCAUUCGAGCAGCUCAUGAUCUUAUCGCUUUCGACUUUGCAAGCGGGAAGAGGAGCAUGCUAGACGAGCUUGCUGUUUCUGCGACCGCCAGCACUGCUAGUUCUACGACUCCAAGCGACACUGCUGAUGCUGAAGAAAAGAGUUCUCGCGUCGUUAUACAGGUGUCGGCAUCGCUAGAUACUAGCACUUCCUCACCAUGUCUACUAAGCGGCGAGAAUUCUACGAUACCCAGUAUAAGCCCCGUUGAGAACAGUCCAGCCUCUUCAGCAGAAGAGAAACAAAAAACUAGUGGCAAGCAGAGCCCAGAUCGAAGCACAACUACUGCUGAAGAAAAUACUAUUGCAACCACCCAACAAGCAGAAGCCUCAGAAAAAGCGGAGACGAAGAGUGUAAAUGAAAAAGUCCAAGUACCGCCCGCUGGAUCUCAAUCAGCCCCGCCAAAACUUCAUACGCAACGCCCGAAUAGUAGCACGACCCAGUGCAUUUACCCAGACCUCAUUGAAUGCACAGAAGGGAUCGCAUCACUGUACAGACAUUUCCCGUUGGGCUUUCGACCCUUCUUCUCCUUCUACAAGAUUAAAACGAUUGGCGAUUUGAGUGCCUUGCCCGUGGAAAAAGUGAGAACGUUCGGACUUAAAGAACCUGUCAGUACCGUUCGACGGGCACUCGAAGAGUUUAAUGGGCGGAAGGACCGUAUGAAGACAUUGACCGGCAGUCCUUUCCGGCAACGCAGCGGUUCUGCCUCCUCGAGUCCUGCAAUUCCCACGCCAUCUCCGCACAGACCGUCCAAGCGUCCAUUUCGUCUGGAGAGUGGAAAUAUCGCCCCUCUAUCUCUAGGAAAACGUGAACACAAGCGUACGAAACGCUCACUGGUGCUCGAUGGAGAAGACGGUGAUGAAGAAGAGAGUGAAGGAACUCGUCGGAAACCGAAAUUGGCAGACCGAGUUACGUUCUGCCUUCAAACGGGUGAGACUGGUGAAACUUGUAUCACUCGACCGGGUGAGGAUUCACAGGAUCAGUUGAGACCUUCAGAGAAAGUUGAGGAGAAGGAGAGUAUGCAAGAGAAGAUGGAUACUUACACACUCAAGUUACUGCAGCAUCUACGCCGAUCAGUCUACUACAUGGACAAACUCGUAGCUGAGGAAGAGAGUAUGGAGUCGAGUUUUGGCACCACCAUAGCAAAUGUGGGUGGCGUUAUCACCAACUACCAAGAAGCUCAUGAUUUAGUAUCUAGACUCGCUUCACAACUCCAGAUUGCGGCUGAAACGAGUACUAAGCGAUGUCGAAAACUGCUGGAUAAGCGUGGUUAA